CCCGGCCAGCCGGCCAGCAGCCUGCGGAGGCUCCCGGGUCCCCGCGCCGGAGAGGGGCUGGGGGCGGGCGGCCGCGCGGACCUGGCCGGCGCCGAGGGCGGCCGCGGGCGUCACCAUGCAGGCGCGGCGGCGCGCGUGAGGAGGAUGCGGCAGCGGGCGCCGCGGCGGGCGGAGGAGUAGGCGGCGGUGCCCUGGGGAGGGAGCCGCGCGCGCGGGCCAGACGGCUCCCGGAGGCUCCGCAGUGCCGCCGCCGCCGCCGCCCGGGAGGCUCCGCGCGGGAGCCAUGUAACCUGCGGCGGGCUCCGGGCUGCUCCGUCCUCGCCCAGCUCCCGGGCCAGCGCGGCAGCGGGGCCACGAUGAAGAAGCAGUUCAAUCGCAUGCGCCAGCUGGCCAACCAGACGGUGGGCAGGGCAGAAAAGACUGAAGUUCUGAGCGAAGACCUUCUUCAGGUGGAGAAGCGCCUAGAACUGGUGAAGCAAGUUUCCCACAGCACGCACAAGAAGCUCACUGCAUGUCUCCAGGGCCAGCAAGGGGCAGAGGCUGACAAACGUUCUAAAAAGUUGCCUUUGACAACACUGGCUCAGUGUUUGAUGGAGGGGUCAGCUAUCCUGGGAGAUGACACACUUCUCGGGAAGAUGCUGAAACUCUGCGGAGAGACAGAGGACAAGCUGGCUCAGGAGCUGAUCCACUUUGAGCUGCAGGUGGAGAGAGACGUGAUCGAGCCCCUGUUUUUGUUGGCCGAGGUGGAAAUCCCAAACAUUCAGAAGCAGAGGAAACACUUAGCAAAGCUGGUGCUGGACAUGGAUUCUUCACGAACAAGGUGGCAGCAGACUUCCAAGUCUUCAGGUCUGUCCGGUGGCUUGCAGCCUGUGGGUGCCAAAGCUGAUGCCCUCAGGGAAGAAAUGGAGGAAGCUGCCAACAGAGUGGAGAUUUGCAGGGACCAGCUCUCAGCAGACAUGUACAGUUUUGUGGCCAAAGAAAUCGACUAUGCAAACUACUUUCAAACGCUCAUCGAAGUGCAAGCAGAGUACCACAGGAAGUCACUGGCCCUCUUGCAGGCUGUGUUGCCUCAGAUAAAAGCACAACAGGAGGCCUGGGUGGAGAAGCCUUCCUUCGGGAAGCCUCUGGAGGAGCACCUGAUGAUCAGCGGCCGGGAGAUCGCCUUUCCCAUCGAGGCCUGUGUGACAAUGCUGCUUGAGUGUGGGAUGCAGGAGGAGGGACUCUUCCGAGUAGCGCCGUCUGCCUCCAAGUUGAAGAAGCUGAAGGCCGCUCUGGACUGCUGUGUGGUGGAUGUGCAGGAGUACUCAGCAGACCCCCACGCCAUCGCAGGAGCUUUGAAAUCUUACCUCCGAGAGUUGCCGGAACCUCUGAUGACCUUUGAACUCUAUGACGAGUGGAUUCAGGCUUCCAAUAUUCAGGAGCAAGACAAGAGGCUUCAGGCUCUGUGGAAUGCUUGUGAAAAAUUGCCCAAGGCCAAUCACAACAACAUCCGAUACUUGAUCAAAUUUUUAUCCAAGCUAUCAGAAUAUCAAGAUGUAAACAAGAUGACUCCCAGUAACAUGGCAAUUGUGUUAGGACCCAACCUCCUGUGGCCGCAAGCAGAAGGGAACAUCACGGAAAUGAUGACCACAGUUUCACUGCAGAUUGUUGGGAUCAUCGAGCCCAUCAUCCAGCAUGCAGACUGGUUCUUCCCUGGGGAGAUAGAGUUCAACAUCACCGGGAAUUACGGGAGUCCCAUACACGUGAACCACAAUGCCAACUACAGCUCCAUGCCCUCCCCAGACAUGGACCCCACUGACCGGCGCCAGCCCGAGCAGGCCCGCCGGCCCCUCAGCGUUGCCACGGAUAAUAUGAUGCUGGAGUUUUACAAAAAGGAUGGCAUGGGCGUGAGGGUCAUGGACACGUCCUGGGUGGCUCGAAGAGGCUCCUCGGCCGGCAGGAAGGCGUCCUGCGCCCCGCCCACCAUGCAGCCCCCCGCGCCGCCCGCCGAGCUUGCCGCGCCUCUGCCGUCGCCCCUCCCGGAGCAGCCCCUGGACGGCCCCGCCGCGCCCUCGCUGUCGCCGUCGGGCUUGGGCCUCCAGCCGGGGGCCGAGCGCACCAGCACUUCGAAAAGCAAGGAGCUUUCUCCGGGAUCUGGGCAGAAGGGAAGUGCAGGCUCCAGCCAGGGGACGCCCGGCGCAGGGACGCAGCCGGGGGCACAAGCAGGCGCCAGCCCCAGUCAGCCGACCCCCGACCAGAGCCCGCACACUCUCCGGAAAGUUUCCAAGAAGUUGGCUCCGAUUCCACCCAAGGUCCCCUUCGGCCAGCCGGGGGCUAUGACCGACCAGUCCGCCGGCCAGCCGUCCCCGCUCAGCCUGUCCCCCACCCCACCGAGCACCCCAUCGCCCUACGGACUGAGUUACCCGCAGGGGUACUCCCUGGCCUCCGGUCAGCUCUCCCCGGCGGCGGCCGCGGCCCCUCCCCUCACCUCCCCCGCCGGCUUCCCGAGCACUGCAGCCAAAUCUCGGCCCACCCCCAAGCCCCGACAGAGACCCACCCUGCCGCCCCCUCAGCCUCCCACAGUCAGCCUGCCAGCCCCGAGUCCGCAGUCCACGGAGCACCCCGUGCUGGACGGCAUGGCCCCCGGGGAGAGCAUGUCGACAGAUCUCGUCCACUUUGACAUCCCCUCCAUCCACGUAGAGCUCGGGCCGCCGCUCCGCCUGAGCCCCCUGGAGCACGCGCGGCGACACUCGGUGACAGAGAAGAGGGACUCGGAGGAGGAGUCUGAGAGCACCGCCCUCUGACCCGCGCCCACCCCUCGCGUACAUACCUGGGCCCCGCCCCGGAGCGCCCCUGGGCUUGCCAGGCGGGAGUUGUGCAGAUCGCCCUCCCCCGUGCGGGCAGACUUCGUUCGUUCCCUCAGGGUGGGACUCUGGCCUUUUGUUUGAUCUUUGCCUUUUGACUUUGUGCCUCUUUUGAUCCGCUUUCGGCCUCCAUGCCGAGGGGCACCCCCUCCGCCUGAGGGCUUCCGUGUCAGAAAGGUCCUUUGCGGGUGCAGGCUGGGGGAGGCGCGCAGGAGGGUCGGGGGGCCUGGUUCCACUCGUGGCUACGGGGGGGGGGACACAACCUCUCCCCUACAGCGCACGAGUUCUGGAUUCUAGAAGUCCCGGCACUGACCUUUGCCUGCUGCACAAGCUGGGCAGGGGGCCAGCCCGUGUAAAAAUCUUUCAGGCUGCCCUUACCGCGUGGGCUCUAAAGUCAAUGGUUUCAAACCCAGUUUGUUUCACUUCCCAACGGUUUUACUUUUCCCGACCAUGUGACUGAGCGCUUCGGUCCCCACCUUCUUGUUUUGUACUUCCGAAUUUGAAAAGGUGAUCCUGAGGGUGUCUGGACGGCCCACCGAGGGCUCUGCUCGGUGGGGGCCGGGAGCCUGCCUCUCCUCCCGGGUGGCCACGGGGACUAGCAAUAAAUCUGUUACCCAGAGCAUGCGCAGGACGGGAAGGUGGCCCGCGGGGACCCGAGGCCACCGGGCCUGCAGGGUGGCGGGCUUCGCUCAGCCGCGGCUCACCCCCCCCCCACCCCUUUCCUCCUCGGGGAGUCCCAUCCGUUCUCUGGGAGCCCAGUCACACUUGAGGAUUGAAGGAGCAAGACAGAGUCGGGUCAUGCAUGCCAAGUCACUCUUUCCGAUUUUAUCCUUUUAAAAUAGAUCCGAUAUACCUAUACAGGAUAUAAUAUUUGUAUAUAUGAAAUCUAUAUUUGUUUAAUUUGAGCCAUUCAAACUAAACCAAUGUAUAGGUGUACAAUGAGAAAGUUAAAGGCCUAAUUAUUUUUCCCGACAACAGUGUAAGAUAACUCUGCCCCGAUGGUGGGAUUCACCAACUUUUUGGAUGUUAACAGCUUUGCUCACUUCCUGACAAGGACGGGUCCGUACCCAAUUUGUAAUGGAGCCCAGGGGUCGAAAGUUACCUUUAAAUACAUGUACAAAUAGUUGUUGAAAGUAAUGUUAUUAAAAUAGAUUUAUUAUCCCUGA